AUGGCAGAACCGAUUGCGCGUCAGGAUCCUAUUGUCCUGGUUAUAGAUUUUCACCAUGCUAGAGGCCCUGAGAUCGAGCUAUGUUUCGCUGAAGAAGGAACAAAUCCGCCGGUGGACAAUGACUGGUCGCUUUUGCCAUUCAUGGCAUUGUCUGACGGAGCACAUGCGUCAACCGAAGACUUUUCAUACUUUUCCCUCCGCCGCGAAGCAACACCGACACAAAAGGAAGCAACAUCUCUAUUCGGCAUCGCGUGUACGCGGCAGAUCGCGUCUAGCCAGUUACUCAAUCGCUCUCCGGAUGUGACCAGAUCUACAGUACAAAAGGCAGUCGUGGUGGUGACGGAUCGGCCGCAGCAUUUUGGGACAUUGAGGGAAAAGUUGUCCAUGGUUACGUUGGCUUGGUUUGCGCAGCGAGACUUUUCGGACGUUGAUAUUUUAAAGAAAUUUCGGGAAAGCUUGAUUGCCAGUUUACUGAACGAUGAUGCCCAAAAACAUGCCUAUCUUGGCCUUUCUCUGCGAGAAAUGAUUCAUCAAUUUAAAUCCCAGACCCUCGUUUUAUUCAAGGGGCUCCUUUUACAGCCAAAGAUGCUUUUUUUCGGUUCCCGAUGCGAGCGUUUAUGCAUGAUACAAUUUUCCUUGCUCUCUCUGAUACCCGGUUUAAUCAAUAAUUUACAAGAUUGCGCCGAUCCAGCGUUUGAUUCAUAUUCCGAAAGGGCUGAGAAGCCUAGCUCGCUCAAGACGAGCGAGCGAAAUUCUUUACUUGCAUAUAUGGGCUUGCCAUUGCAAAUUUUUGGCAAAGGAAGCAUGUUUGGGCCGUAUACACCGUUGCAGCAACUGGACUUGCUCGCCGAUCAUGGGACCAAAUCGUAUGUGGUGGGAUCGACGAAUUCGUUACUCCUCCAGCAAAAGGAUCGUUAUAGUGACGUUUUAAUCAAUCUGGAUGAAGGCACAGUCAACGUGACUUCGCCAUCGUUACGAGCUGCUUUGACGUUGACCGCCGCAGAUAGACGGUGGAUUGAUUUCUUGGUGCAAACCGUCAACGAGACGUGGGACGAAGCGCACCCGGAGCAGCCCAAGACACACGGAUAUGUUGGCUCAGAGGAGUUUAUUCGUCUGCAAUUUGAGGAAUAUCUGCUUGCUUUGCUGUCCAGCGUGAACCAUCGAGAACACGUCGGACCGUCUGUUCCGGCCAAGUCUAGCGAGGCGACGAGCAAGGACAGCAACAAUAAGACUCGCUCGACGGAUAAUAAUAUCGACGGGGACCCGACACUGGAAUUCAGCACAGAGUUUAUCACACAAUGGCAGACAACGCCAAACUAUGCUCUGUUCCACCGACUCACCUCUGACGCACUGCUCUUCUCCAUUGUCGAGCCGCGGCACCCGUGCGCCGGCGGACUCACCAUAGAUGAUAUCCAGCGAAGACUAGCGCAGCAGGUAUCCGAACUUCAUCUAGACGACCGCGUCCGCGAAGGGCGGGAGGCGCUCAACAAGACCUUUGUGACGGGCCAGAAGAAAGUUUCCAGCGCUUUUAACAAUUUCUGGGCAGAUAUCGAGGCUAUGCGGGAAGCACAACGCAAAAAGAAUGAAGAGCGUUCGGCGGAGCGUGGUGAUGAGAAGGUUUCGAACAGCAACGAGGUUGGACAGUCGGAAUCCUCGUCGACAACACCAACAACAACUCAAGCGACGUCGUCGUGGUUCGGACCUCGACGGGCACCGUCCGUCGAUCUAACUCAGACCCAAGCCUCGGUCAACACAGCAGGCCAAAAGGCCGGCGCGUAUUUCAGUUCCUGGGGCUCAUGGGCCAGCGAACGGCGCAAGGAAUGGCAAGAUCGACGAAGCAACAGCAGCUCGACCACAUCGCCACCACCGUCAAUAGCUCCUGGUACUCCUCCUCCUCCUGGUACUCCUCCUCCUUUAACGUCACCAUCAACACAAACCCUGCCGAGCGUCACCGAAACAGCAGCGGAGCCCGAAAAUAGUAGCAACCGGCGGGACUCGUUUCAGCAUCAGAGAAAGAGCGAGGAUGUACCUGCUCUGGGGAGGAGUGUCAGUCGGAGGAAGAGGUGGAGUAGCGUGCUACUGAAAAAGGAUCUUGAUGCGGGUUCGUCAUCGCCGUCGUUGGGUACUAGCGGUAGAAGGGGCAGCGUGGAUGUGCAAGCUGUUGAAUCUUCGUUGCCGAAAUCGCCGCUGGCUCAGGCAGAGAGCUUGUCAACCUUGUCAACAAAUGAUGCAGACUCAUCAAAGAGUGAGGUAGAGAAUCUCACAAAGGGUGGCACGGAAAAGUUGCCGGAGCCAUCAUUACCUGUCAAGGAUGAGGUUGAGGAGGAGAAACCAAGCAAUACCGAGAAAAACGACGAGACAGACUCGAAAGACUCGACUGAACAAUUACCUGAGAAUGCUCAAUCCAGCCCUGAGCAAGAAGCACCUGCCGAUAAACCAUCCGAACACCCACGGCGCACAUGA